AUGUAUACAUCACAUACUAAGCGCAGCAGAAAGAUUGGUACUGUGCGUCCAGUAAUCCCAAAACGCGGAGAGAAAGACUUUGAGCCCGCUCCAGGAGGAGGGUCAGGUCUUCAGGUUCAUGUUCUGGAUCGAGCACGCGCUGCGAUGUUUGACGCCCUCAGAGCUGAUCGCACUAUAUCUAGUAAAUCUGCCAGCUAUGGAAUCUGGUAUCCGGGGAUAUCUCGCGUUCAUGUUACCGUCGCCAGAGGUAUUCACUUUUCUGUCAUGGGUCAUUCAGCAGCACGGCCUACACACACGGAAAAUGGGUCAUCGAAGCUGCAGAAGAGACUAGAGUUGCUGCCAGAAGAGGCGCUUUAUCUGAUUGAAAGGGGCGCUCUGUUCUGCUGGAAGGACAUUCAAGCAGAUUUGACUGGUUUGGGUGACGUUGAGGGUUCUCCCAUGUCUGUUCAACAGGCUUUCGCAGAAAUAGUUGGAAAGGAAGACUUGACGCUCGAAAAAUAUCAGGUCUUUGCGUACUUGAGGCGUUUGGGGUAUGUCGUCACCCGAACAGAUCCACCCAGCCCUAGCUACCCAGUGCCGCCACCCCGCCUGGCGAAUGGUGGAGUACCUUUCACAUUCUUUCGAAGAUUGUCAUCGAUUUUCUCACUGUUUUCAACGAGACUUGUGAGAUUUUGGAGAGGAACGCUGAAUUGGUGGAGGCCGCUGAGGAUAAGUCGGUGGAUACAUCACAAUAAAUCAUAUGGCGAAGUCUUCAAGUCUCUGCGUAUCAUACCUACAGGUCACUCCGUCGCACCUCAUUCAAGUUGUGUGACGCCUGUCGCACCGUCAUCUCCAUACAAAAUAUUCUACAACAUGUACAAGCCCUCGACCAACUUCCGGAAAACAUCUCCGCCACAACCAGAUUUCCAAAUUGUCGUUGUCGACGCGCGAACUGCGUUUGUUCCUUCUCUGUACGAAAUGACGGAGUUAUUCAGUGUUCUCCCGGAAACUCCCCCGCCUCUCCCACGAAAGCGCGGUGCACCUCCAGGAGUUCAACCACCUCCAGCAGCGGCCACGUCGCCCGCCCACACAUCAACAUUCCGACGCCUUUUCCUGUGGCUGUUGCCGUCGUUAACACCACCGCCUACAUCGUCUCAACAACGGCCUCAUCCGUUUGCAGCACUCAAGGCUGGCAAAAAGAACAUAGUCAUUGCGGCUGUUGACUCGGGCAACAUUAGUUUCUUCCGAUUCAGUCAAGGGGCUUUUGAAGAAUGGCCAACUCUAUAG